CGCAUUCGCGGGGUCUCCGCAAGGGCCACUUCGAGUUGCGCAUUGGCACGAGACUUGAGUUCUACUUCACCGCGGCAGCGCAUCCCUCCUACUACACAUCGCCAAAGCCAGCCUGUCCCUCACCUCACUGCUUUCUCACCUCAUUCACACCGACGUUCUAAGCCAGACACUCUGUUGUCUACCUUAUUCUGCCGCGCAGCCUAAUUGUCUCUAUCAUCAACUCUUCCUUGAUCACCGUGUUGUUGCGUCCUGCCCACGCCCUUGCCUUGAACGGUUCUGUCUACACUUGAAAUCAUCAAUCACUCGGAAGCUACGACCUCUAAGCCGUCAAGAUGAGUGCAAUUCGUGAGACCGAUGUCGAUGAGCCCAUCCAGGUGCUCAUCACAAUGCACGACAACAUGAACCUCCUUGACUUCGCCGGUCCUCUCCAGGUCCUCACUCACGCCCAACACAACCUCAACGAUCCAGAAACCAAAGCCUUCGACGUCACCUUCGCUGGCCCUCAGGAACAUGUCCUCACCGCACAGGGAGUGACCAUGUCAGCUCAGAUCUCCUACAAAGAAGCACACAAGCGCCUCAAGGAAUUCGAUGUCCUGGUGGUUCCAGGUGGAAACGCAACCGAGGUCUUGAAGCAAAAGGCAGAACCAUUGUCGUUGAUCAAGGCUUUCGCCGAUGUACAGACAGCCGACCCUACGCGUGAACGCACCCUGCUGGCUGUGGAUACUGCAUCGCUGUGGCUUGCGCGUCAGGGUAUUCUUGAAGGCCUCGGAGCCACCACCCACCCAGAUUACUACAUCAAGUUGGAGAAAGAGUGUCAGGACGCCGCGGCCCGAGACAUGGGAGAGCGUACCGACGUCAUGGAAGAACGAUAUGUUGUCAACAACGCGCGCUUCGAUCUGGGCGAGGACCUCGAGGAGAACCCGUACGUCUUCAAGAAAGGCCGCAAGGGAUCCACCGCUCGCAAGGGCAGUUUGGCUCGCAAGGAGUCCAAUGCUCGCCACGAGAACCUCGUCCGUCGUCAGAGCAUGAAGCUUGGUGGCAUGCGUGUUGUUACCACCGGCGGCACUAUUAGCGGUAUCGACGCCGGCUUGUAUCUCGUCAGCGCGCUCGUUAGUCAUGAAACCGCCCAGGAGGUUGCACGGCUCAUGCAGUACGACUGGAUCAAGGGGGUCGUUGUUGACUCGAUUGAUGUCUGAGAGAUGGUGCACAUCCGCAUCUGGUAUUGCUGAUCUGUUUGUCGGUCAAGACUUUCGACUACGCAGAAGCAAGAAAUGGCCAAAGCAGCCUAUGCCAGGAAAUGAGCGAUUUGACCAUUAGCAGGUCCCAGAGACUGACACCGGGAGAGGUCUGUCAGAGCAAGGCAGUAGUUCUCUUCUAAGCACGAAUGAAGAAUUGUUUUCAAUGACACAGGCCUGCCUGUGCAAGCGUGCCGUAGCCCGAAAUUGUACCACUAUGAAGGAAGUUGAGCCAUAAAAUCUUCAUAGAGCAGAUCCCAGUUGUAAGUCACUCAACGGCGCACAGGUAUGGAAGAUGCCAAUGGCACUAUUCAUGGAA